ACGUAGUUUUCUGAUUUUUGGCUCCUGAGGCAAUACUAAUAUUGUACUUACUUAUCGUUCUCAUAAUUUACGUUUUUGUUGCGAUUUAUUUUAACUUUUCGUCACGAUGAGUGCAUAUCAAUUGUACAGAAAUACAACACUAGGACAGUGUCUGCAGGAAAGCCUGGAUGAGCUUAUUCAGAUGGGUCAGAUAACCCCUCAACUGGCACUGAAGGUCCUGCUACAGAUUGAUAAAGCUAUCAACAAUGCUCUUGCUACUCGUGUAAAGUCCCGCGUUUCAUUCAAGGGCAAGCUUAACACAUACCGAUUCUGUGACAAUGUGUGGACCUUUGUUCUCAACACCGCUGAGUUUAAAGAUGUGGGCGAGAUCGCUAAAGUGGACAAAGUGAAAAUAGUGGCCUGCGAUGGAAAGAGUGCAGACAAAUGAUUUCAGCGAAGCUGGUCUUCAUGCUUUAUAUGGACAUUUAUGGUGUAGAUUUUCUACAGCCAAAUACAUGUAUGAUAUUGUACAGAUGAAUAAAUGUCAAGUGAUGAGUCAUUCAAUGCUUAAUGUACAUGGCCGUCGGAAACAUGGGAACUCAUGAUAACGUGUCACUAAUGUAGCUGCAAGUGCAGUAUGUUGAAUGAAUGAACUGUCAUUAUUUGAACGCAUAUUAACUAUUGUCAUGAAUUUUUAAAUAAAAUGUUA